CGUACUUCCGUUGGUGGUCAUUCAAUCCAAGAUGGCUGACCUUCUGGGCUCAAUCUUGAGCUCGAUGGAAAAACCUCCAACAGUCGGCGACCAGGAAAGCCGACGAAAGGCCAGAGAACAGGCUGCACGCCUCAAGAAGAUGCAGGAGGAUGAGAAGAAAAAGAAAGCAGAGUUCAGAAAAAAGAUGGAGAAAGAAGUGUCAGAGUUCAUUCAAGACAGUGCCCAACAGAAGAGGAAGUACAAUCCUAUGGGGAAGAUUGAAAGGAGUAUAUUGCAUGACGUUGCAGAAGUGGCCGGUCUGGCAUCCUUCUCCUUCGGCGAGGAUGAAGAGAGUAGAUAUGUCAUGCUUUUCAAGAAGGAGUUUGCGCCAUCUGACGAGGAGCUGGAAGCCUACCGUAAAGGAGAGGAGUGGGACCCCAAAGUGGCCGAGCAGAGACGUAGGCUCAAAGAACGGGCUGCUUUGGAGGAGGCGGCAGCCAGCAAGUCAGAGAAGCGAGCAGCUUCUCCCAGCUCCAAUUACCGUGACAAGUACAGCCAUCUCAUCGGCACCUCUUCUGCUAAGGACGCCGCACACACACUGGAGGCAAACCAAGCAUACGGCUGUGUGCCUGUCGCUAACAAGAGAGACACCCGCUCCAUAGAGGAAGCCAUGAACGAGAUCCGGGCCAAGAAGAGGCAGAAGAAAGGGGAGGAGGACACAGGAGCAAGCAGCACUAGUUAGUGUGUGUGUGUGUUUGUGUGUGUGUGGGUAUGAGAGAGUGCGAGUGAGUGUGACAUUAUGAUUGAGGAGUACCUCUGUCAGAAUCUCUGUUGUACAGUAUUUACCGACAGUACUAGAAUAUUCUACACCUAUACUACUGUUUUGAGCCUCAACGGGAAAGACAAUCUUAUUGCGACAUCUAGUGGCAGUUCUUUUUUAAAGUUAUUAUGUAUGUAAUCUCAAGUUUUUUCCAGUCGACAGGAAACUUUAUGUUAAGAUGACAUCUGUUCAGAAUGAAACCAUCUUGAUGAAUAUUCACAUGAAAAAAAUCGAUUAAAAAUUAGGUUUUUUUCAGACCGUUUUAAACUGUCAGGUGCAAAGGCAAGUCUGUGACUGUCUCUGCAAUGCUUCAUUUUAUCAGUUGGGUCUGAAAAUCAAAUUCCAGACAUUUGGUUACUGCAGUCCCUAUACAGAAUUAUUGGCCAUGUUGUGGACAUUACUAUUGCUGUGUAAAAAAUAAAAAAUAAAGCGUGUUGUUCCAUGUUUUUUCUUUACCCAGUUAAUAGUCGUCAGGCAUCAACAGUUUUAUCUUAUUGCAAUGUUUCAAUAAAAGAUGACAUGUCCAACUUA